AAUUUUUUAGCAGUCCAUGUAGACAUUUAGAUAAAAAAAAGAUGUCCAAAGACCCCCAAAUCCUUAAAAUUUUCCAAACAUCAAAACAACAAUGGCAAUAUCAGCUGUCAAAUAUUGGUUCAUCACCACCCAAGUAUUUAGAAUCGAUUAAGAAACACCCCACAAAGGCCACAGACACAAGACUCAACCAUCCCAUAACAUCAUUUGCAUGUUGUCUUCUUGUUUUGUUUUGUUUUGUUUUGGAGACAUUGUAAGAGAACAAACAAACAAACCCAAUGUCCAAACAAUCUUAUAGGGUUUGCCUCUGCUUUCGGAGGAGGUUUAAGAUGGCGGUUGCACAAGCACCAGAAGAUGUCAAAAACUUGUUUGAGAUGUAUUCUGAGAAUGGGUUAAUGAAUGUUGAUGGAUUGCAUAAGUUCUUAGUUGAGUAUCAAAAAGAAGAUGAGACUACAACAGAUGAUGCUCAAAAGAUUAUUGAUGGUUCGACACAUUUGCCUAAAAACGGUUUACAUGUUGAAGCAUUUUUUAGGCACCUCUUUAGUGAUACUAAUUCCCCUCAAGUUUCUCUAGGGGUACACCAUGAUAUGAAUGCUCCUUUGUCUCAUUAUUUCAUAUUUACCGGUCACAAUUCUUACCUUACCGGGAAUCAACUCAACAGCGAUUGCAGCGACGUCCCCAUCAUAAACGCACUUAAGAGAGGUGUGAGAGUGAUAGAACUUGAUAUAUGGCCGAAUUCAGAAAAAGACGAUGUUCAUGUUCUUCAUGGGGGGACUUUGACAGCUCCGGUGACGCUCCUCAAAUGCUUGAGUUCUAUUAAGGAGUACGCUUUCGUUUCCUCGGACUUUCCUGUCGUAAUAACUCUAGAAGACCAUCUCACUCCGGAUCUUCAGGCUAAAGCUGCCAAUAUGAUCACCGAAACGCUUGGAGACAUCUUGUUUACUCCCGGCUCGGAAGUCUUUAAAGAAUUCCCUUCUCCGGAGACAUUAAAGAAACGCAUAAUCAUAUCUACGAAACCACCAAAGGAUUACACAGAAGCCAAAGAAGAUAAGGAUAAAGAGAAUGAUUUGAAAAGCGAUAAGGCCGACGAUGAAGUGGCAACGAAAAAAGCCGAGCCGCACGAAAACAAGCCAAAGCAAAAAAAGGCACCAGAAUAUAAACGUUUAAUCGCCAUUCAUGCUGGGAAACCAAAGGGUGGAUUAGAUGAGUGUCUAGAAGUGGACCCCGAAAAAGUGAGACGGCUUAGCUUGAGUGAACUAGAACUUGAAAAAGCUGCAGAAACUCAUGGAAAACAAAUAGUCAGGUUUACACAGAGGAACAUGCUUAGGGUAUACCCGAAGGGCAUACGAGUUGAUUCUUCCAAUUACAACCCGAUGAUUGCGUGGUUGCACGGAGCUCAAAUGGUCGCAUUUAAUAUGCAGGGUUGUGAUAAACAUUUAUGGUUGAUGCACGGAAUGUUUAAAGCCAACGGGCAAUGCGGAUACGUGAAAAAACCCGAUUUCCUACUAAACACUAACGAAAUCUUCGAUCCCGAAGUUAAGCAUUCAGAGAAAACGAUUUUGAAAGUAACUGUAUAUUUGGGUGAAGGAUGGUAUUAUGAUUUUGAUCAUACACAUUUCGAUCCGUAUUCGCCUCCGGACUUCUACGUAAAGGUGGGGAUUGCAGGGGUUCCAGCAGAUAAACAGAUGACGAAAUCAAAGAUAGUAGAAGAUAGUUGGGUGCCUAGUUGGAACCAAGAAUUUGAGUUCCAUUUAACCAUGCCUCAACUAGCUCUACUUCGGAUCGAAGUCCACGAAUAUGACAUGUCCGAAAAAGACGACUUUGCAGGCCAAACAUGUUUACCGGUUUCCGAAAUAAGAAGUGGGAUCAGAGCAGUUCCGCUCAUGGACAAAAAAGGCGACAAGUACAACAACGUAAAACUUCUAAUGCGGUUCGAGUUCACCAAUCCAUCAUAACUCAUUUCAAAAGGUUGACCUUUAUGUCAUUUACUGGUUUUUGAGAACCGCUGUGAAGUUAUGUGAUGCAUAUUGUAAUACACAAUUUUGUUGACAAAGAAAAGUGAAACUAGUUUUGUAUUUAGCAUGGUGAUAAUGUGUUUUUGAAAGAAAAAAAUUAUUUUGAAGUAUUU